AAUGUAAGGUGCAGGCAGCAGUUCAACACGCCGAAGACUGGUGGCGAAGAAAUAGCUUCCGCAGUUCCGUCAGCUGGCGAGGGUGCAUGUUUUGUAAGUGUACACUGUUGGCAUGUUGAACUCUUGUUUCUGUCGUGUUCCGCAAGAGUAACAAGGUAACUACGUCAGCGCUGCUCGCCCGGUCCUUUGAUGAACAGCAGCAACAUGAGCCUGAACGAGCAUUCACUGCAGGCUCUGUCUUGGAGGAAGCUGUACCUGAGUCGAGCUAAACUGAAGGCUUCUAGUCGGACAUCAGCUCUGCUUUCUGGAUUUGCUAUGGUGGCUAUGGUUGAAGUGCAGCUGGACAACAGCUAUCCUUAUCCACCUGCUCUCCUUAUUGCCUUCAGUGCCUGCACCACUGUGCUUGUGGCUGUCCACCUGUUCGCUCUGAUGGUCAGCACAUGCAUUUUGCCCAAUAUAGAGGCUGUGAGCAACGUCCACAACCUCAACUCUGUGAAGGAGUCUCCACAUGAGCGGAUGCACCGACACAUUGAACUGGCAUGGGCUUUUUCAACAGUUAUAGGUACUUUACUAUUCCUAGCCGAGGUGGUUCUACUCUGCUGGGUAAAGUUUUUGCCCGUUAAGCCCAAGUCCAGCAAUAAUACAAUUUCAGCUGGAGUGGCUGCUGCUAUUACGUCCACCUCAAUUAUGGUGCCCUUUGGUUUAGUCUUCAUAGUCUUUGCUGUGCAUUUCUACCGCUCAUUGGUCAGCCACAAGACUGACAGACAGUUUCAGGAGCUGGAGGAGCUCUCUAAUCUCACCAGGCUACAAAACGAGCUGGACAACAGAGGAGAGUCUUCAAUCUUGCAGUCUCCAAGCUCACAUUUCCCAUAGUAAAGUAUUGUGAUACACACCUGUGCUGGAACUCUGCUGCUUGGGAAACCUCCAAGCUAAAAGCCACAUUAUUGGCUUCAAAUGUUUUUUUUAUAGGAAUGAAGAUGUCUCCCCUCUUUGUUGUGAAAUUUCCUUUUUGUGAAAAGAGUUGUAUUUUUUAGACGAAACGUUUGAUCAACUGUGAACUUACAAAUCUGCCAGAAUGCAUGACUUGAAAUUGAAAAGCCUUAAUUGAAGUCUUAACCAAGAUAGUUGCUUGAUUAUUUCUGAAUAACUUGGAAUCCUGUCUGUUGCCUGCUGCAUUUAUUUACUUGUUUGUUGGUGAAGACUGCAUUGUUAAUAUUACCUUGUUGUUUUUGUAAACCACAAGUAUUCAACUAUUUCCUCUUUAUUCAGUGUAUAUGAUUUAUUGUAAUGUUCACCGGUUGUUUUUGUAAUGCUUCACUGUUUGUGUAGACUGACUGAACAGCUGUUAAAACUACAGUAUUAUUAGGAUGGUAUAUUUGCUGACAUCUGUAGCACAGGCUGUGGUGUUAAAAUAAACGUUUUUUUUAACCAUG